CUUUAGUUUUCUGUGAUAGCCACAGUUAGCUUAGUCAGUAUCAUUCAGAGAACGUUUUUUCUAAAUCUAAGCGCAGUCACUAUAAAAUCUUAUCGAUUUUAUUGAGUGCCACUCAAUGAGUAGUAUAGUUUGUCAGUCAUAUUUUUGACUUUUUUGUGCUUGAUAAAUACCAGUGUUCCAUUCAAGAUGGGUGGUGGAGAUUUGAAUAUGAAGAAAUCAUGGCAUCCUCAACGGCUGGACAACCAGGAGGAGGUGUGGAAGAGAGAGAUGAAAGAGAAGAAGGAACGCCAGAAGAUGAUUGAACUCAAGAGACAGCUGCAAGAAGAGAGAGAUCUUGAAGAAAUGAAGAAACGUGGGGAGGACAGUGGGACUUUGAAGAAAAAGAAAGAUCGAGUUGAUUGGAUGUACAACCAACCCAAAGUUAACGAAGAAGACUAUUUGAUGGGAAAGAAAGUUGAUAAAGCCAUCAUGGAACACCAGCAAACAAAGACCAAAGAAGCAUCUAGUGGAGGAGGGUCAGGUCUUAUUGUAGAUAUGGCUGCUAAAGUGAAGGAGGAUCCUCUCUUUGCUAUCAAAAAACAAGAAAUAAAUCACAAGAAGGCUCUUAUGAAUAAUCCCAUUAGAAUGAAGCAACUCCAACAAAUGUUAAAAGCGCAAGUAGGUGCCAAGGAAAAGUCCAAGAAAAGUAAGAAGAGCAAGGCACCAAAGAAACACAAGAAAUCAAGGAGACAGUCAUCCACUGACAGUGAAAGCGAGAGUGAUUCUGAAAUAGAACAUAUCAGAAGGAAGAAGAAAAAGAUGGAUAGAAGGAGAGACUCUAGUGAAUCAUCAGAUGAACCAAUGAGAGAUAGAAGGAAGGAAUCCAAGAGGAGCAAAGAGAGGAGACAUUUUGAUGAUAGUGAUUCGGAACAUGAACAAAGGAAAGAGAGAAGGAGGAGAGAGGAAAGGAAUCAUGAACGAAGAAACUUCAAUGAUAGUGAUUUAGAAGAAGAAAGGAAAGGAGAUAGGAGGAAAAAGGAGAGGAGUAACCAGGAAAGAAGGAACUUUCAUGAUGGUGAUUCAGAAGAAGAGAGGAGGAGGGAUAGAAGGAAAAAUGACAGAAAGAAUAAGGAUAGGAGAGACCUUCAUGAUAGUGAUUCAGAGCUGGAUCGGAGGAUAGAAAGAAGGAAGGAAGAGAGGAAGAGCAGAAGAAGAAGGUACUCCAGUGAUGAAUCAGAUGAUGUAAGAACAAAGAAAAGCUCUUCAUCUCGUCUUGAUGAACACAAAAAGAAAAUCCCUCCUGGUUAUGGACUGAUUGGGGGCCACAAAGCACCAAGAAGGCAUAGAGAGAGUAGCAGUGAGAGUGACCAUACCCCCUCCAAUCAUCCCAGACACGGUGAUAGGCACAGGGGUCGGAGGUCACGGUCAAGGUCACCUAUCAAACAACGUAAACCAAAGAAGAUGGACGCUGAGGAGCUGGAACGACGUCGUGCUGAAAUGAUGGACAAUGCUAAAUGGAGAGAUGAACAGAGAAAAGACAGAGUGUCUAGAUAUAAUGCUGAAGAGAGAGCAGAGACAGAAAUGGAGAAAAAGAAGACCAAAGAUGCCAAAUUUCUAGAGACAAUGCGGUUACCUAGCAACAGCUCCGUGGAAGAUCAGAUCAAGAGGAAUGUUUUCAGCAUCCAGCGAACCAAUGCAGCCUUGGACAAGAACUUUGCCAGAAGAUAACAUUACCGUCUUCCUUCAUCAUUGCUGUUAGGAGUGCAGCAUAGGGAUGUACAAAUUUGCUCGCAGCCAUGUAAUGAUAACGUUCCAUUCGUACGAAGUACGUAUCAAGUUAUCUGAUACCUAGUUCCCACUUUCACGAUUCGCGCCACUAUUGAAAGCGUGGUCUAUAUCGUGGAGUAAUCUUAGUGAUCCUAUGAUAUCAUAUCAGAUCGUAUUAGUUAACCCGGCGAUCAUAUUGAUCAUAGAAAUUUUUUGAAUGGUUUCAAAAAAUUGUGCGAUCAGCUAUGCAAUACAAUUACAGCAUUUGUGGUGGAUCGUAAGGCGGUUGGAACGGGGUACAACAUCUUGAUAUGCUUGCAUAGGACUUUGGAUAUCAUCAACCUUGCUUUUAGCCAACAAGCCUUUUUUCAGGGCACAACAACAUUGCAAGGAAUAUAUUCUUGCCAGAUACUGCUUUACCCCUUGUAGGUUGAGCAUAGUAAAUGUAGAUUACUUGCAAAAGGUUGUUACAGGUGCAGCAGAGAUUUGAACCCAGAAUCUUGUAAUUUAACCCUAUAUAGACCAGGCCAUUUUGAAAUUGCAUAGCCCGCGGAGGGGGGUGGCCUUUUUAGGGUUUUGGGGGGCUUUUUGGCCCCUCCCCAUUUCAGUUGUUGAUUGUGCAAUCACAACUGAAAUUGGCACACACCUCACCCAUAUAAGUAAUGUACAAAAUUGGAUACUGGCAGUUAACUCUACCAAACCUCAAUUUUUUUCAAAGUAAUUAUUGAUGUAAAUUAAUGCAUAAAAUGGUAACUUAGCUGUAAAUCUUUAAAGGCAAG